AUGGAUAUGAACAAAAGCACAAAAAACUCUGAAGACACACAGAGCAAUAAUGAUGAGAAAGAGUCAAACAAGUGCUUAGAACAAAAAGAUGAAAAUUUGGAGGUAGUGAAAGGAAGUGACACUACAACCGUAGAGGAAGAAAAAGGAAGGAAAUAUGAAAAGAACGAAUUCGGAAUUAGACUAUAUGAUAAUGAUCUAAAAUAUAGUGAUGAUAUACAAACGAUUAUCAAAAAAGUAAUUAAUGAGAAAAACAUUCAUUUUUUUAAAAAAUAUUCCUCCUUUUUGUUAUAUUUAAGCAAUGAAGCUGAAUACAUUGAUAUUGAUGAUAGAAGGAAACAAAAAAAAGAAGCAAAUGACGAAAAUACUAAAGUUUUUUUUAAAAUCCAGUUAGCACCACAAAACAUUAGCAUUAUUUAUAAUAUAUUGGACAGAAGUAUGAUAGAAAAAAUAUUAACAUUAUGUGCAAAUAAAUAUAAAAAAAGUAAAACAUCUAUUGGAUAUGCAACAGAUAAACAAGAAAAUUACAAAAUAACAAAUUCUUCCAAUAGAACAAGUUCAACAGUAUUUUUAUAUACUAUUAGAAAUCGAUCAGUCAUUGAAAAAAAUCAUGUAGAUAGUGAAAGUUCUAUUGUAUAUACCAAGGAUGAAAGUAUAAUGGAUUUAGAAAAUACCAUUUGUAAUUUGGUUAAAAUACCUUUGUGCUAUUUGGAACCAUUAGCAAUUGUAAAAUAUGAAAAAAAUAAUUAUUUCAAUAUACAUCAUGAUGGAACUUUUAGACGGGCUACUCUUUUAAUUUAUCUGAACGAUGUUGAAAAAGAUGGAGAAACAAUUUUUCCCCAUUACAAUUUAUCAAUAAAACCUAUUCAAGGGUCAGGUAUUUUUUGGUAUAACAAUAUUCCAGUAGAAGAAGAACAUGCCAUUACUUAUUGUGUGAACAGAAUAAAUGAAAUUCAUGAAAAAGAUAAAUUAAAAUAUGUGAAAAAUGUAGAAAAUAAUACAAACUCAUCAACAGCAGUAACUUCUUCGACACUUCCAGAACAAGGGAAUCAGGAUAACACCUUAUCUUCUUCAAAAAAUGCUUAUACCAUCACUGCCACAAAUUUCAACAACACAACAGAAGAUGAAUUUUCAAAUGUAUAUAAAACCCCUAUAACCAAAACUAUCGAUUUAAUUAAUUUUUUAAAGGAAAAAUCAAACUUAGAAAAGUUCUCUAUCGAUGUUAUAAAUGAUGAACUUGGAAACAUGUACAUUGCUGAUAUGACUAUGUUACACAAAGCUAAUAAAGUAUCAGAUGAAUACAAAUAUGUUAUAAACUGUUUUUUCAAUAUAAACAUAGUUAGAAAUGUGUAA